AUGGCGGAGGCGGUCCACUACAUCCACCUCCAGAACUUCAGCCGUUCGCUCCUGGAGACCCUCAACGGCCAACGCUUGGGUGGUCACUUCUGUGACGUGACGGUUCGCAUCCGCGAGGCCACCCUCCGAGCCCACCGCUGCGUCCUGGCCGCCGGCAGCCCCUUCUUCCACGACAAAUUGCUCUUGGGUCACUCGGCCAUCGAGGUGCCACCCGUUGUCCCCAGCGGAGCCGUACGGCAGCUGGUGGAGUUCAUGUACAGCGGUUGCUUGGUGGUGGCCCAAUCGGAAGCUCUCCAGAUCCUCACCGCCGCCUCCAUCCUCCAGAUCAAGACGGUCAUCGACGAAUGCACCCAGAUCAUCUCCCAGAGUCGGGGACCCAAGGCGCUGCCCCCCGCCCGCCCGUCCCGCCCCGAGGCCGGCGAGAAGCCCCACCAGUGCUCCAUCUGCUGGCGCUCCUUCUCACUCCGUGACUACCUGCUGAAGCACAUGGUGACCCACACGGGCGUCCGCGCCUUCCAGUGCGGCGUCUGCUGCAAACGCUUCACCCAGAAGAGCUCCCUCAACGUCCACAUGCGCACCCACCGCCCCGAGCGCUUCCAGUGCCGCCUCUGCACCAAGGGCUUCUCCCACCGCACCCUCCUCGAACGCCACGCCGCUGCAACCCACCCCGUGCCACCGCCGGGGCCACCGCCAGGGCCACCGCCGCCACCUGAAGCCGGGCUGGCAACGUGGCCAGGUGCCGAGGCUGCGGGUGCUGGCCCCGCUCACACGGCAUGA